AUGGUGACAGUGCUCAUCCUGGGAGGCUUGGCGAACGACAACGCUCGUCACCUCCUGCCCUACCUCGUCUCUCUUCCGCCGACCGAACGUCCUGCCAUUAUUCGCGUGGUCGACAAGCCUCUGGUGAUCCCCGCCGCGAACGCGUACACGGCUUACGUCGACACGGCCUGUCGGGAGGCGUUCAAGAAGGGCACGCAGGAGGGAAUAGUGGAAUAUGUCCAGGGAACCCUAUUGACGGAAGCCAUGAGAACAAAGGCCUUCACGCUUCCCGACAAGCACGGCGGCGGCGGGAAGAGCUUCGACUGGGUCUUUGACUUCACGGGGGAAAUCUCGUUCGAAGCGCCUGAGGCGGUCCAUGUUGAGCGGACGCUCCAGCUCGCGCUGCUGCUGGGUGCCGCGGCCGUCAAGCACAAGGUUGGCGCCUACGUUCGUGGCAUACCCUGCUUCUACCGCCUGCGGGACGACAGGACGGGCAAGGUCGGCGACGAGGGAACAGUGUCCGAGCCUUGGGGAACCAUGGCGAGUUGGCAUCACGAAGCGGCGCGGGGGCUAGCGAAACUGGAAGGGCUCAACCUCGUUCUUGUGCGACGAGCGGUCAUGUACGGGCCGUUCACCGUGACCGGGCUCACUCCAAGAGUACUUAUUGGCGAAGUCUACAAGUUCGAGGGCGAUAAGCUCGAGUUCCUCUGGGCAGACUCGCUCGCUCAAAGCACGAUCCAUGCCGCCGACUAUGCUGCGGCACUCGUCAAGUCUGCCUCCUGGGCGCAAUCCCUCGGCUCGCGCUCCGCCAUCCUCGCUGCCCAUACCGAAGACCUUCCCUCGACCCUCUCCUCUGACGCACCGAUCUCGUCUCUCCUCUCCCACUCGCCUCCUCCAGCGAAGAAGGUCGAUGAAGUCUCGGCUGCGGUCUUUUGCGCUGUCGAUGACUGUGAGACGACGCAGAAAGAGAUUGCAAGCAUCAUCCAAGAGGUGGUCGGUGUCAAGAGCGGUUUCCACGGCAGCGUGAUCUCCGGUUUCGCCAAGCUGAACCUGGGCGACGUUGUCGAGGACGCGAACGACAAGCACCUCGAAGGGUGGUCCGCCCUGCUUCAAGCGUCCGACCCGCCCAUCUCGACUACGAUCCCCAUCUCCCCGUCCGUCCCCGCCGACGUUCUCGCACCCCACCCUAUCGCCUUCAGCAACGCCGCGCUCAAGAAGCACACGGGCUGGGCGCCCAAGUAUCGGCUGAACAAGGAGAUUGUGCGGGAAACGGUCGAGGGCUUCAAGCGCGAAGGCAAUUGGCCCAACGCAAAGCCGCGGUCCGUCUCGCAGCCUCCUCUACCUGUCUACUAG